AUGUCAAAUAUUUAUCUAUUAAGGAUAGAUAAGAAUACUGCUAGCCAAUUCCAAGAAUCUUUAACUUUUUCUCAAUUACAACAAAAUAUUAGUGAAGUAAAUUUGGAUGAAUCCCAAUCCCAAUGUUUAAGAACUGCAGGUGAAAAACUUAAACAACAUCUAAAUAGUAGUUGUGGAUUUUCUAAUCUUGAUGAAUAUAAUUCUCAUAUUGUACCACCAAGGAGAUCAUUGGGAAAUACUCAACAUACCAUCACUACACCUCUUAAUAAUUCUGAAUUACCAUCAACUAGUAAUGUUGUAAACAACCAAAAUUAUUCAACAGUUACGGAAACAUCAAACAUGGUUAUAAACAAACCAUUUAAAACCAUGAGUGCUCCAGUAAAUAUACCUUCAUCACAAUCACAAUCAGAAGAUUUAUUACUAUACAUAUACGAACCUAUAAAAUGGCAUUGGUUCUAUUGCAAGUAUGCUGAUAAAAAUAAAUGGAUGCCAUUUAGUCAAAAAGACUCUGAUGCUAUUGAACAAGCCUUUAUUUUAAAUGAUCAGUGUAAUGAAUCAAUUAUAGCAACAGAUGGUAGUAGAUUUGAUGUUUACUUAAAUCAAAGAAUUCGUAAGCCAGUUUAUUGGUCUGAUAACACGACUAAUGUACGUCGUUGUUCUUGGUUUCUCCGUAAUAGUAAUGGAUCUAAUUUUAUUCCUUAUGAUGAAGUCACAGCUACUCUUCUAGAGGAAGAAUACAAAGCAGCUUGGGACAGUAAUGAAUGGGGACGUAGAGUUCCAGUUGGUAAUUACGAAGAAGUAGUUUUUCAUAGUCCUACAGCUAUAAUCCACAACGGAGUAUCUAUAACACUUCUAAACAAUAGUGAAGAAUCUCAAAUGGAUCAAAUAGAUCAAGCAGCAAAUAUAUCUUCAUUAAAACAAUGCAUAGUCAAACGAGGGUUUGAAGAAUUUGUAAUUCCUAGUGAUGAACCAUCAAAAGUGGAUCAUUUAUUAUUUAUUGUACAUGGAAUUGGGUCUUACUGUGAUUUAAAAAUGAGACCAAUUUACGAAGUUGUGGAUGAUUUUCGAAGUUUAGCUCUUCAGUUAACACAGUCACAUUUUAAAACAUCAUGUCAAUCAGAAAAAAUUGGUAGAAUUGAAGUAUUACCUGUUUCGUGGCAUUUAGCUCUGCAUAGUGAAGAUAUUGAUUGUAAGCUCAAAAGAAUUACAUUGCCAUCAAUUCCACGUCUCAGGAACUUUAGCAAUGACACUAUAUUGGAUGUUUUGUUUUAUACAAGUCCCACAUUUUGUCAAACUAUAAUAAACGCUGUUGGAAAUGAAAUGAAUCGAAUGUAUAGCCAAUAUCUAUUAAGAAAUCCAAAUUUUAAUGGACAUGUUUCAAUAGGUGGUCAUAGUCUUGGAUCUUUAAUUUCAUUUGAUUUACUGUGUAAUCAACAACCACCAAGUCCAACAAAACAAACUGAAUCAUCUGUAGCAUCGGUUGUUCAAGAGCAAAAGUCUAAAUUAAACCGUGGUGCAUCAUAUGUUACAUUAGGAAAAGCUGGUACUGGACAACCAUAUAUCACAUAUCCACAAUUAAAAUUUGAACUUGAUUACUUUUUUGGUUUUGGCUCACCUAUUGGUAUGUUUGUAACAGUGCGAGGUAUUGAAAGCUUAGGAGAAAACUUCAAGUUUCCAACUUGUCCCGGAUUUCUCAAUAUUUUUCACCCGUAUGACCCAGUUGCCUACCGUAUUGAACCAUUAAUUAACACUGCUUUUGAAAAUAUACCUCCUUUCCAAGUGCCACAUCACAAAGGGCGUAAAAGAAUGCAUUUAGAACUAAAAGAUACUAUGGCACAUGUGGGAGCAGCUUUAAAGACACAUCUUGUAAAUUCUGUAAAAAAUACAUGGAAUACUGUUUAUCAGUUGGCUAUGUUUUCUAAAGCAACUUCAGGUCGUUCGAUAGAAUACGACCCUAGGAUUAAAUUAGAUCAGAAAUCACAAACUCAACAAGCAGAUUCUACAAGUGCCUCAAAAGCGUUUCAGAGUACGUCCGAAUACCUUAAUAACAAACCUGGUAUUCUAAACAAAGGAAAUAGAAUAGAUUGUGUUUUACAAGAGGCACCAAUUGAAAGUUUUAAUGAAUACUUAUUCGCUGUAGGCAGUCAUUUAUGUUAUUGGGAAUCUGAAGACACUAUUUUGUUAGUAUUGAAGGAAAUUUAUUCAAUACUUGGAGUAUCGCCUGAUAAUCAAAUUCAACAUGCUAUACUACCAUUUGAUAUCCACGAUAGCGAAAAACCUAGUUAUCCGACUAGUAUGCAAUUUGAAGAGCCACCAGGAUUUAACAUGUCUUUUGGAUCAUUAUCAUCACUUUAUGAUGAUAGCUGUUAA